UGGAAGCAUGCAGAGAGUGAGCCUCACUGCCCUUUGCUGCCUCACCCUCUUGUCUGGCUUCCUAAUCAUCUGUCUGGGGGCUUUCUUCAUAUCCAUGGGCCCAGGCCCUAACUGCAGAGGGAAGCUGAUCCUGGCCUAUUGCCUUUUGCCUCUGGGGUUCCUGAUUCUCUUGAGUGGAAUUUUUUGGAGCACCUACCAGCAGGCAAACCAAAGCAAGGACAUCUUCACUAGAGUGCUCAGACAGAACCUAAGGCAUGGGGACCAGCAAAUUCCCACUGUGGACAGGCCAGACUUUUAUCCCCCAUCUUAUGAAGACAGCAUCGAUCCUGAAAAGCAACUCUCUCUGGAGCAGAAGGAGGCCUUCAACAUCCCCCCACCCCUAUAUACUGAGAGCAGCCUAGAAUUCAUGGACAAUAUUGACGGUCACAGAGAAAUCCCACCAUCCUAUGAAGUUUCAGUGAGAGGCAUGUUGAUGGCAGAAGUGGCUGCUAUAGUAGCAAGAGGAGGAGGAGGAGGAGAGGCAACAGGAGAGCAAGGCCAAGAAUGCCUCAGGCAUUAAGAGCUCCCAGGCACUUGAGUACCAAGAGUCAGCUGCUAAUAAUAAAAAUUGUCAAGAGACUUUGGAAGGAAAAAUCUUGUCAGUUAUCCCAAGUUAGAGUUAGUAGAGAAGAUACCACAUGUGACCACAGUGGUAUUUGGAAGGACACGCCAGAGUAUUCAUGCAACCUCAUGGCAAUGGCAGAGUGGAUGUUGUGGUGACGAAGUCAACACCGAAUGUGGUCAUUUGAGAGGCUGCCUGACAACUGAAAAUGAAGGGACUAACCUUUAGCCUGUAAAAGAGAUGACUGGGGAAAGAAUGAUCCCAAGUAUUGCUUGCUUCUUGUGGCCAAGUCCACACCAAGCUUUACAAAUAACUCCUUUCUAAUUUUUCUCAGGAAAAAUGGAAAUGAGCCAGUAAAGACCACUAUUGUGACUCCAUUUCCUUUAUUACCUAUAUAUACAUAAGGAAGAAAGAAUACAGUAAAUGCAUCAUUGUUGUUGUUUUUCUCCUUGGUUGAGGAAUGUUUACCAGGCAAGCCCAAUUCCACCAAUUCUAUGCCAGCAACAAGUCCUAUUGGGCUAUUUUGAUCCAUAUCUUUUUAGGACUUGAGAUGAUCAUAAAAAAGGUUAAAGGCAUCAAAGGUAUGUUUGGACAUUCCUUCCCAUGAAGGACAAAUAUAUAACUAAUGGAGAAGUAAGGAACCAAGCCUUUUGUUUCUGAAUUUGUUGGCCCUAUCAGAGACAGGAAGAAAAUGCUCAAUGACUUUUCACUGCUUUGUUGAAUUCCCAAAGGAAGCAAUUUCAAAAGAUCUUGACAACUUCCUCUUUUCCUUUGCUAAUAACUUUCCAAGGGAUAGACAAAUGGAACUUGUUGCCUUUACAAGAUUGUCCCAACCUGGCCACAACCUUUUCAACCUUACUUUACAUUCUUGCCUUUGUUUCAUCCUAGUUAGUCUUUGUGCUGUUCCUCACACAUGACUCGCCAUCUACAAUUUCUGUGUCUUUUUACUGGUUGUCCAUGUCAUCCCUGGUAGGCUCUCCCUCUUCCUUCUCCUUAUCUCAUGGAACCCCUAACUUACUUUAUGGCUCAGCUGGAGCACCAUUGUCAACACAAAGCCUUUUCUGAAUCUCAUUUCCCUCCAAUUAUGAGUGUCAUUGUUCUCUAAACUGCCUUGUAUUUAUUUUAUAUGUCUGUGUGUGUGUAUAUAUAUAUAUAUAUAUAUCCUGUAUA